AGAGAGAGAGACAGACAGACAGAGGGAGAGAUGUCCAGGCUGAUCACACUUGAAUAUUCCAGAGAGCUCAGGUUUAACAGCACGGAGUGGCUGCAGCCAUGCCUCUUCUGGAAGAGACCACUCUGCCACAAGAGCACCCACCCAUUGUCCCUGUUGUCAUCAUAGGCAAUGGACCAUCAGGCAUCUGUCUCUCCUACCUGCUGAGUGGAUACACACCCUACCUAGAUUCGGCAACUGUGCACCCUAACCCUAUACUAUACAAGAAGCUACAGGAGACCAAGCACAUACCCAUCACUGAACAGGAUCUGGAAUACUUAAGUGAAGGUCUUGAGGGGAGGUCAUUGAAUCCAGUGGCGGUACUUUUUGACACACUGCUACACCCUAAUGCUGACUAUGGUUACGAGUUCCCUCCUGUCCUUCAGUGGAGGAGGGACAAGCAGCAACACAUCCCACAUCUGGUGCUGGGAAGAGCAACACCUGGCGGUGCUUGGCAUGCAAUGGAAGGCUCCAUGCUCACUAUUAGUCUCGGCAUCUGGAUGGAGCUUCCCGGUGUCAACUACAGAGAUCUAAACAAUGGGAAACGCAGGGAUGUAACCAGUGACAGAGCAACGCCAGAGGAGAUCUCAUCCUAUUACCGUAACUAUGUGAAACUAAAGGGGCUCCAAAAGAAUUUUGUAGACAACACCUAUGUGACCUCUGUCCACAAACUCUACCGGGGGCAUGAUGGGGAAGUUCUGGAAAAUGGGCACACGGAUGAAGCAGAUGUAGGGGUGGGUGAUUGUGGGGAUGAGGUCUUUAAGGGAAAUGGAGUUGAGUGUGUAAACAAUGGAGCAAGCGGAGUUCUUUGGGAGGUAAGGGGAUUUCAGCAGGUGCAGAACGACACACACAUCCCCUUCUGUCUGUUCGCUGAGAAUGUGGUUCUGGCCACGGGCGCGUCAGAUUCACCGAUUCGAUUAGGCGUCGAGGGGGAGGACCUUCCAUUUGUAUCCCACAGUGUCUCAGACCUCGGCUUGGCUGUAGGCCAAAGAAAGCUGGACAUGAACUCUGAUCCAGUUUUGAUUGUAGGUGCUGGUUUAAGCGCUGCAGACGCUAUUCUGUGCGCUUGCAACAGCAACAUUAAGGUGCUGCAUGUUUUCCGCAAGAGUGUAGACGACGCGGAUCUCAUCUUCAAGCAGCUGCCGAAGACCAUGUACCCAGAAUACCACAAGGUUUACAACAUGAUGUGCACUCAGACCUACACAAAUGUGGCUCCCUCCUCUGCUCCUAACAGACCCCAGGCAGUUAGCAUUGCCUCUUCUGUAUGUGCCAAGAUGUGUCCAAAACCCCAGCUUGCCAUAGGUAACAUGGGUGGUAACGCCAGUGUCGGUUUGUUUCCUGACUACACCAGUUUUCCUGAACACUGUGUGGUGUCCUUCCAGUCUGACUCCAAGUGCUUGCUGCAGGGGAUAAACUCCCUAAAGGCGGUCAAGAUCUCCAUGGUCCUAGUGCUGAUCGGGACCAACCCCAGCUUGUUCUUUUUGAAGGGGCAAGGAAAGUACCUGGGGCAGGAUCCAACAAAACCCAUCUCUUGCAAGCAAAACCCCAUUGACAUCCACCCUUACACUUUUGAGUGUACCAAGGAACCAGGUCUGUUUGCCAUGGGUCCACUGGUGGGAGACAACUUUGUUCGAUUUUUGAAGGGUGGCGCUUUAGGCAUUGCCUCCUGUCUGCUGAAGAGACUCAAGAAGAAAGGGAAUCUUAUCACCACUGUCGGGAAUAACUUCAUUUGAAAACAUGGUACACGUUUGUUGUACAGCAGAUUUUGAGGCUUUUUACAAACUGCUCAAGAAAAUGCUUGGGGGAGUUGUGGAUGUACAGUAAUUAGUUUCUAAAGAAACAAAAGACAACUUGUCUGACAUCUCAAGAAGUCCAAGCUACCAUGUGCCAAUGUUUUCUUGUCAGUCCGACGUGUCAUAAAUGAACGGGACCUCA